AUGACUUACAUUCAGGACAAUUCAAAGGAAAUGAGAACAUUCAAGUUGGAUGAACCAGAGCACGAUAUGGGUAAGUACUUUGGCAGAGUUCAGCACUUUUUCAACGUCUUUAACCCAAUGAACUCACUUUACACAAAUGACUAAGUCUCAUCUAUGCAGAAGUAGCUUGAGAAGUAGAGACAACUUGAGAGAGAGGAAGCAACAUAUGGAAGAAGUGUUAUGUUAACUGAGGCAGAGAUUAAGCAACUUAGAAAAUGGAAGACUAUAGUAAAUGCAUCAAUCCAUCCAGACACCAAUCAGCCAGUACCUUGGGUUAUGAGAAUGUGUGCCUUUGUCCCAACUAAUCUACCCAUCAUCUUUGGUAUGUUGAUGACUCCACCAACUCCUAUGAACACUGCUUUCUGGUAAUGGAUAAAUCAAACCUACAAUGCAGGAAUGAAUUUUGGCAAUAGGAAUGCAUCAUCCUAGUAGACUACAUCUGAUAUUCUAUUUGGUUAUACUGCUGCAGUAACUUCAUCUAUCACCAUCAGUGUUGGUUUGAGAAAACUUUCACACAAUAUGACUAAGGGACUUCAAGGAGGUAUGGCUGUUCUUGCCACUAGCAUCAUUAGUUAUUUAGCAGUAGCUUCAGCUGGUUUCUUGAAUACAUAUUGCAUGAGAAUGGGAGAAAUGAAGAGAGGUAUAAAGAUAUUUGACGAAAGUGGAGAGGCUAUGGGCAUUUCACAAGAGUGUGCUAGAAAAGCAGUUCUUCAAACUUCUUUCUCAAGAAUGGCUCUAUCUUUCCCUAUUUUCAUUUUACCAGGAGUUUCAAUGGCUCUCUUAGAUAAAUUCAAGAUGAUUCCAAAGUCAAGAGGACCAAAGACCCUUCUUGAACUUACUGUGAUUGCUUUCUCACUCUGGAUAGCACUCCCAAUUAGUGUUUCACUCUUCCCACCUAGGGGUGAAGUUAAGAGUAAUGAAAUCGAAUAAGAAUUUGCAACAAUGAAGAACUCAAAAGGAUAAAUUGUGGAAAAAUACUACUAUAACAAGGGGCUUUGA